ACACGUACGUAACAUGCGGACGGCGCGCUCGGCGGCGCCGAGCGCAUGCUUUUAGCGACUUUACCUAGCUUCCAGCUACUCUGCACGGCGAGUCGUGCAAUCUAGCUCUCGCUUCACCCCCGAUAUGCCCCCAAGACGGACGAAUGAUGACUACAUGGGCGGACAGUCUGAUUCGGACGUGUCCAUGCUCGACGAGGACGAGCUGACCUCUCGUGUAAAGGCUAAAGGUAAGGGCAAGGCAACAGAAGGCCGCAAAGGCGACAAGGGGAAGAGCAAGGUUAAAGAGCAACCCUACGCUUGGGAGGCAUCCUAUACGCGGACAUGGGAGACCGUACAAGAGGAUGAGGCAGGCAGCUUGCACACUGCAGUGCGAGAUCUCAUUGCCAAGGGGAGACGAAGAAGACUGCUAGCUCCCGCGGAAGCUGUUCGCAGAACUAUCAUACGACAUCUCAUCCUGGUCUUGGAUCUAUCUUCGUCUAUGAUGGACCGAGACAUGCGUCCGACACGCUUCGAUCUCAUGCUUCAGUAUGCUCGUGAAUUCAUCGCCGAGUGGUUUGACCAGAACCCCCUCGGUCAAAUAGGGAUUGUCGGUAUGCGGGGCGGCAUCGGCGAACGGAUAGGUGAAAUGUCUGGGAACCCUCAGGACGUCCUGAGGUCGAUUGCCGAACGGCACAAACUGGAGCCUGUAGGUGAACCUAGUCUACAAAAUGCCAUUGAGAUGGCUCGGAGUAGUAUGAGCCACCUACCGACCAAUUCUUCUCGAGAAAUAACCAUCAUCUUCGGGUCUCUAACGACUUGUGAUCCGGGGAAUAUCCAUGACACCUUGGAUGAAUGUGUCAAGGAUAAAAUACGAAUAUCUUUGGUUGCUCUUGCCGCAGAAAUGAAAAUUUGCCGUGAGCUUUGCGUCAAAACUGGUGGUCAGUUCGGCGUCGCCCUAAACGAAGGACACUUCAAGGACCUUCUCUUUGAAUUGAUCCCUCCACCUGCCCAGCGCGCCCUUACACGCGCAAACGGCCCUGGGGCCGCGAACCCGGCUGCUGACCUGAUAAUGAUGGGGUUCCCAACCCGAUUACCGGUUACGUCCCAACCGAGUCUCUGCGUAUGCCACGGCGAACUCAAAAGCGAGGGCUUCCUCUGUCCCAGGUGUCUGGCUAAAGUCUGCGACGUGCCGACGGAUUGCGACAUAUGCGGCCUUAUGAUCGUCAGCUCACCCCAUCUAGCGCGAAGCUACCACCAUCUCUUCCCUGUCAAGCCGUAUACUCCCAUUACGAAUCUUGAUGAUGCUACAAGUCUAAGCGCAACCUGCUACGGCUGCUCAGUUCCAUUCCAAGAGAAAGUACUGCAGCCGAAUGUCCCCCUUGUCGAUGGUAUCAGCCCCUUAGGUCGAUAUCGCUGUCCAGAAUGCGAGCACGACUUCUGUACAGAGUGUGAUGUCUUUAUCCAUGAUGUCCUUCACUGCUGUCCGGGGUGCGGCAAGUAACAAUUGUAGAAUUUCAUUUUUUGGCCUAAUGUACUAUCUGUCCCAUGUUAUACCUGUGUAGACGUUACUUAGGACGAUAUAUCGCGUUUACACACUUGUUUACAAUCCAUGUUUGGAUUCACUGCUCAAUCGCACACUUCGACACCCAGCUUUCACGCAGA